CCCGGCUCCAGGGAGGCAUCACGGAAAAACUACGAACGCUUUGCGGGGCAGUGUGGGUGGGAGAAGCACACAGAGGCCAGGCUGGGCCCUCCCCUGCUCGCGCACCCCGAAAUGGCUCGGAUGCAGGAUGAGCAGCGAGGGGGCGCGCCCUUGAUGGCGGAAGGCAAGUCGCACGCCGAGGUUAAGCUCAUUCUGUACCACUGGACGCAUUCCUUCAGCUCUCAAAAGGUUCGCUUGGUAAUUGCUGAAAAGGCAUUGAAGUGCGAGGAACAUGAUGUAAGUCUGCCCCUGAGUGAGCACAAUGAGCCUUGGUUUAUGCGUUUGAACUCAACUGGAGAAGUGCCUGUCCUUAUCCACGGGGAAAACAUUAUUUGUGAGGCCACUCAGAUCACUGAUUAUCUUGAACAGACUUUCCUGGAUGAGAAAACACCCAGGUUAAUGCCCGAUAAAGGAAGCAUGUAUUACCCACGGGUCCAGCACUACCGAGAGCUGCUCGACUCCCUGCCAAUGGACGCCUACACACAUGGCUGCAUUUUACAUCCGGAGCUAACGGUGGACUCCAUGAUCCCAGCUUAUGCAACAACAAGGAUUCGCAGCCAAAUUGGUAACACAGAGUCUGAACUGAAGAAACUUGCUGAAGAAAAUCCAGAUUUACAAGAGGCAUACAUUGCGAAACAGAAGCGACUUAAAUCAAAGCUGCAUGACCACGACAAUGUCAAAUAUUUGAAGAAAAUUCUUGAUGAGUUGGAGAAAGUCUUGGAUCAGGUUGAAACUGAGUUGCAAAGGAGAAACGAAGAAACCCCAGAAGAGGGCCGCCAGCCCUGGCUCUGCGGAGAGUCCUUCACCCUGGCAGACGUCUCGCUCGCUGUCACCUUGCAUCGACUCAAGUUCCUGGGCUUUGCGAGGAGAAACUGGGGAAAUGGAAAGCGACCGAACUUGGAAACCUAUUACAAUCGUGUCUUGAAGAGAAAAACAUUUCACAAGGUUUUAGGACAUGUCAACAAUAUACUAAUCUCCGCAGUGCUGCCAACAGCCUUCCGGGUGGCCAAGAAAAGGGCCCCCAAAGUUCUUGGCACCACCCUUGUGCUUGGUUUGCUUGCAGGGAUGGGGUAUUUUGCUUUUACGCUUUUCAGAAAGAGAUUUGGAAGCAUGAUAUUAGCACUCAGACCCAGACCGAAUUAUUUCUAGGCUUGCAGGGACCCAGUGGUGGCAACUCACCCUCCCAUUUAGCUGAACAUUGUCCACUCUGCUGGGCCCAGUGAAGUUCCUGGGCAACUAGUCAAAGGCAUAAUUUACUUUCCUCUUUGGGUACUUCACGUGAGGAGAGGAGGACCUGACAAGGCUGUGUGGGCUGGAAACUUGAGAUUACCGCUUCGCAAACCUGAACUAAACCAUCAUGAAAACUCGUACAAGGUCAAGAUGUAUCAGUGCUGACAGGUGGAGAACAGACUUUUAUCUCAAACUGCCAGUUCAAGUUCAGAUGUGUUGUUAGUUUUUUUUGGGGGGAGGUUAUUAUUAUGAGCGGACAGUAGUAAUAAUCUGGCAUGGCCUAUAGCUCUUCAUCUGAGACUAGGUAAGUGGAGGGUGGAACAGUUGGCAGUAUUAUUCCCUGGAAUUCAGAGGUCAUCUUUGUUACACAGCAGAGGGGUUCUGACAGCAGCAGGACACAGGCUUCUUAGCAGCACUGCUGGCUCCAGGCAGAAAUGAGGGAGAAAAUGGGAAGCGGGAGAAGGAAAAGGGGAGAACGCAGUCUCCACUGUACCCAGCAGCAGAAAGCCCUUCCGGGAACCCGCUCGUGCCACUCACGGCUGCCUGGCCCCUUAGCAGACAUCACCAGGACUUCCUGUACCCACUGCCUACACAUCUCCUGGGAAAAGAAGACUAAGGAAUUCCUGGGGGGAGUGGGCGGAGAAAACCCCAGGCUUUAUACUUAGGGCACUUCAUUUGACCUUCAUCCUUUUAAAUGCAUAUGAAUCACACUCAUCCAUCUGUGAAGAUGAACUGCUUAUAGACUUGGCUGUGAGAUGCCCGCUGGACCAUGUCUGCCCGCCAUUUACAUGAAAAUCUGAAGUGAGGUCAAAAUGGUUCCUUUCUUUUCACAGUUGCCCGUUUUGGUGGUGCCUGUGAGCUCUCACUUCUCCGGACUGUGGUGUGCAGUCCAGGGGGUGUGGCUCUGCAGCCCCGUUUAUGCACGCAAGUGGCAUCAGGCAAAUGUCCCAGCUAAUCAGGAGCAUGGCAAGAGGCUGGGUUGGGGGUUGAUGGUCUGGGAGAACUAAAUAUGCCCCUUCUGCAUUUGGGAGGCUGGGGUACUAACCCCAAAACUGCUGUUCAGGCCUUGCAUCUGUUUGUCAUCACCACAAAGCUUCAGAAGGUUACAGAGGAAGACGAAGGUCUGGCGUUAGCCCUUGGGAAUUAAUGCAGGGGGAGAAGAAAUGAGAGGCUAGCUAGCGACGCCCACCAAUAUUGACUCAUAGAUGUCUAGGCAUUUUGGGGGGUACCGCAGUCCCUCUGGAUGGGACAGUCCCAGUGUCCCCGUGAACCACC